AUGGACUACUUGCUGUCCGAAGGACCUGCCCAACCCCCAUCAAUCUCAAGGGGAUUUUCUCCAUCUAAGCAAGCUGAAGCUUGUGCCCUCUGUGCUGACUCGAAUCACUAUGUGACCAAUUGUUAUUUAGCAGCACAAUAUCUUGAAUUUAUCCAGGAAAAGGAAAAUAUUGAGAAGGAGAAUGAGCAACCAGUUGGGGAGGGACCUCAACCGGAUAAGUAUACACCCCGAGUCCCUUUCCCUAAUGCUCUCAAAACUCCAUUGUCUCCCCCAUUUGGGAAGCAAGGAGAGAAGAUGAAGGAGAUGUUGGAUUUGUUUCAACAAGUCCACAUCAACCUUCCAUUAUUGGAUGCAAUCAAGCAGGUAAGUGCAAUUAUCACUGACCUACCCCCCAAGCUGAAGGAUCUUGGUGCACCACUCAUCUCUUGUGUCAUUGGAGACCUCUCCAUUAACAAAGCAUUGUUGGAUCUGGGGGCUAGUGUGAAUAUCUUACCUGGUUUGGUUUUUGAGAAGUUUGGAUUAGGAGAGUUGAAGUCCACUGAAGUCAUACUUCAGUUAGCCGAUCGUUCUAUGAAAAGACCUCGUGGACUUCUAGAGGAUGUUCUUGUGAAGGUUGAUGAUUUAUACUUCCUAGUAGACUUCCUAGUCCUUGAUAUGGAAUCUACCUCAGCCAAGCUUCUCCCUAUCAUACUAGGGCGUCCAUUCUUGGCGACCGCCAAUGCUUGCAUCAACUGCAGGUCAGGUGCCAUGGACAUAUCGUUUGGGAACAAGAAGCUUCGGCUAAACAUCUUCAAUGCAUCCCUAGGACCCUACAGAGAAGAUGAGUGCUUUGCUCUGGAUAUGAUUGAUGAAGCUGUAUCUCAGUACACUCCCCAGAUCCUUACUAAUGAUCCUCUGCAGCUUGUGAUGUCCUUUGGGGCAGAAGACUUUGAUGAAGAGGCCUAUACUGAAGAGGAAGAGACUCUGCCAGUUAUCAUAUCCUCUGAGCUUACUGAAAGGCAAGAGUCCCUCCUGUUGGAGGUUUUAUCAGCUCACAAAGCUGUAAUUGGCUGGUCUUUAGUUGAUCUGAAGGGUAUUAACCCUUCUGUUUAUAUGCACCGUAUCUAUUGUGAAGACGGAGCUAAAUCCGUGCGAGAUCCAUAG